AUGGCUCUCGUUCGUGCCUUUCGCGCCUUAGCUGCCAGUGCAAUCCUUUCGGUCCAUGUUCAGGCGUUCGACCUCUCGCGCCACGAUCAGGUGGUGUCUUAUUGGGGACAAAACUCUUACGGCGCCACACAUGAUGAUACAGCCAACUGGCAGAAGACUUUGUCGUACUAUUGCAAUGAUAACUCUGUAGACAUGUUCCCGGUCGCAUUCGUCAACAAAUUCUCGUCUACCGGUGGCCUGCCCGAGAUUAACCUCGCUAGUACCUGCAACAACGUCGAUAACGCUACAUUCUCUGGGACGAAACUCGCAGAUUGUUCGGCACUGGCCACGGACAUCGCUUAUUGCCAAUCAAAGGGCAAGGCUGUCACGAUCAGUCUUGGUGGUGCUGGUGGCGGCGUCGGUCUCGCCGAUGACGCAACUGCGGAGGCCUUCGCCGUCACGAUCUGGGACCUCUUCCUAGGUGGCUCAAGUUCCACGCGCCCCUUCGGCAACGCUGUUCUCGACGGAGUGGACCUCGACGUUGAGAGUGGAACCGGGACAGGCUAUGCGGCAUUCGUGAACAAGAUCCGUUCGUUGGCAUCCAGUAGCAGCAAGAAGUACUACAUCACCGCCGCGCCACAGUGCGUUUAUCCCGAUGCCGCUCUUGGUUCGGCGAUCAAUGCAGCGAACUUCGACGCGAUCUUCGUUCAGUUUUACAAUAAUCAGUGCGGGCUGAACAACUACAACAUCGCCUCUGACUGGAACUUCGGCCUCUGGGACUACUGGGCGCGCUUUGUGAGCCCCAACUCAGACGUUAAGAUCUUCAUCGGAGCUCCCGCAUCCUCAACGUCGGCUGGUAGCGGUUACCAAGAUCCUAAUACUCUUGCGUCCAUUGCGACGACCAUGCGCAAGAGCUUUCCGUCAUUUGGGGGGGUGAUGUUAUGGGACGAAAGCCAGGCGUACGUCAAUAAUCGCUAUGACACUUCCAUCAAGAAUGCUCUCGUUGCGGCUGGUGGAACAGGAUUCACAUACCCUGCUUGUUCUGCACCCGCCUUCGUCUCUGGAACAUCCUACACUGGCGGUUCGCAGGUGUCGUACAACGGAUACAUCUUUCAGGCCAAAUGGUAUGCAACGGCGACUCCUGCGAAUGACCCCAACAGCGAUUGGACAUCGAUCAGCGCUUGCUCCGGUGGUUCUUCCUCGUCUCCCACGACCACGACCACCGCAUCGUCGCCGGGAUCCACUGGUGGCUCCUGCUCUGGCGUCGCGGCUUGGUCAAGCUCGACCGUCUAUACGGCGGGCAAUAAGGCUACCUAUAAUGGCUACUUGUACACCGCGAACUGGUGGACGCAAGGCGAUUUACCGACGGGUGCAUCUGGACACGACAUGUUCUCAACGACCUGGCUGCCAGCGUGUUUAGGACGGAGGGCCAACUUCUCUCUGCUGGACAGUUCUGUUCGAACAUGGCGUCCUAAAGCUGUUGGCGCGCGGCGCUUUGCUUCGAGCGCGACAGCAGCGCAGCCGAGCGCGGGCUCGGAGGCCAGCGGCGCGGACAAGGCUGCCUCCGAGGCUGCCCAGAUAAGCGCGGACUUGGCGAAUACCUUCAAGCUUACGGACGCAGACCGUACGCGCUUGAAGUAUCAGCGGAAUAUCGGCAUCUCGGCCCACAUCGACUCUGGCAAGACGACCUUGACGGAGCGUAUCCUCUACUACACCGGCCGUAUUCGUGACAUCCAUGAAGUUCGUGGACGCGACAAUGUCGGUGCUAAGAUGGACAGCAUGGAGCUGGAACGCGAGAAAGGCAUCACCAUUCAGAGCGCUGCCACCUUCUGCGACUGGAAUGGGCUUUCGCCCGUCACCGGGGAUACAGAGAAGUUCGCUAUCAAUAUCAUCGACACUCCAGGUCACGUCGACUUUACCAUCGAGGUCGAGCGCGCUUUGCGUGUCCUCGAUGGCGCGGUGCUGGUCCUUUGCGCUGUGUCUGGCGUACAAAGUCAGACAAUCACAGUCGAUAGGCAAAUGCGGCGGUAUAAUGUCCCUCGAAUAUCCUUCAUCAACAAGAUGGAUAGGCCUGGUGCCAAUCCCUGGAGGGUCAUCAACCAGAUUCGCACCAAGCUUCGUAUGCCUGCUGCUGCUGUACAGGUUCCUAUCGGUGUCGAAGAUGAACUUCGCGGCGUUGUUGACCUGGUACGCUGGAAAGCCAUCUACAACAAGGGAGAGAAGGGCGUCGACGUCGUUGUCACCGACGACAUUCCGGAUGAAAUUCUCGACCUCGCCAAGGAGAAACGAGCCGAACUCAUUGAACAGAUCGCUGACGUCGACGACGAAGUGGCCGAGCUCUUCCUGAACGACGAGGAGGUCCCCUCUGUCAUCCUUGCUCAGGCCAUCCGUCGUGCAACUGUUGCGCUCAAGUUCUCGCCUGUGUUCGUUGGUUCUGCCAUCAAGAACACCGGUGUUCAGCCUAUGCUUGACGGUGUUUGCGCCUACUUGGCCAAUCCGGCUGAGAGCGUCGUCACUGCUCAGGACACUAAGUUACCCGUGUCCGCCCCGCCUGUUCACCUCGUCCCCGCCGCUGCCGCUCCUCUCGUUGCGCUCGCAUUCAAGCUUGAGGAAGGGCGCUUUGGUCAACUCACAUACAUGCGCGUAUAUCAGGGUAGCAUGAAGAAGGGUCAAUUCAUCUUCCAUGGCCGCUCUGGUAAGAAAGUCAAGGUUGCUCGCCUUGCCCGUAUGCACUCGAACGAGAUGGAGGAAAUUGACGAGAUCGGCCCCGGUGAGAUUUGCGCUACCUUCGGAAUUGAGUGCUCUUCGGGCGACACCUUCACAGACGGUUCGACUACCUUUACCAUGUCCUCGAUGUUCGUACCUGAGCCCGUCAUCUCUCUCGCCAUAAAGCCUACUGGUCAAGAAACGCCCAACUUCUCGCGUGCAUUGAACCGCUUCCAGAAAGAGGACCCCACGUUCAAGGUCCACAUUGACCAGGAGAGCAAAGAGACGAUUAUUUCCGGCAUGGGAGAGUUGCAUCUCGAGAUUUACGUCGAGCGUAUGCGCCGCGAGUAUAACGUCGAGUGCACCACUGGUCGCCCACGGGUUAACUACCGAGAGACUAUCACGCAGCGCGCAGACUUCAGCUACUUGCACAAGAAGCAGAGCGGCGGCGCGGGUCAAUACGCCAAGGUCACUGGCUUCAUCGAGCCCAUUUCCGCGGAAGAGCUUCAGGAGACCGAACCGAACAAGGAUGGUGUCAAGGGCCUCGCCUUCCACAAUGCGAUCAUGGGCGGUAACAUCCCGCACAACUAUAUCCCGGCAGUUGAGAAGGGUUUCUACGAAGCAUGCGAGAAGGGUAGUCUGUCGGGCAACCCGGUCGAGGGUGCGCGCAUGGUCCUUACGGACGGCGCAUACCACAUCGUCGAUUCGUCCGAGUUGGCCUUCCGAAUCGCCAGUAUCCUCGCUUUCCGUGACUGCUAUAAGGCAUCAAAACCCAUCAUUCUCGAGCCCGUCAUGACCGUCGAGGUUGUCGCACCGGCAGAGUUCCAGAGCGCUGUCAUCGGCGGUCUAAACCAGCGCCGUGGUACCAUCAUUGACAGCGAGGUCCGCGAAGACGAAUUUACGUGUAUUGCUGAGGUAGCAUUGAAUGACAUGUUCGGAUACUCGAGCCAACUGCGCGGUAUGACACAGGGCAAGGGCGAGUUCAGCAUGGAGUACAAGACACAUCUGCCGGUUCUUCCCAACGUUCAGAAGGAGAUUGAGGAGGCAUAUAAGAAAACGAUGCCUCAGUCGAAAAAAUAG